AUGACGAGGAUUCGUCGUACUGUGCAGGUGUACAUGGAGUUGGACAGCUCCGGGCGGCUGCGCGCGGUGGGCGGGUCCCCGGCGCGGCUGUGCGCGCGCGCGCGCCUGGCGCCGCACGCGGGCGCGGCCUCGGCCUCGCUGCAGCUGGCGUCGGCGCCGCUGCUGCAGCUGCGCGUGGCGGCCGCGCUGGCGCCGCACGCCGAGCUGCUGCUGUGGUUCUCGGGCGCCGCGCUGGCCGCGCUCCGCAUGCCGCACCUCACGCCGCGCAACAUCCGCGCGCGCCGCGACUACGCCUGCCACCGCUGCGGCGCCGCCUUCGCCGACCCCAACCCGCUCAAGAUACACCUGUUCCUGGACUGCGCGCCCUACGAGCCGCGCGCCUUCUGGCGGCUGGCGGCGGAGCGCCUGCGGGCCGCGGCCCCGGCGCCCGCCCCGCCGCCGGGCCCCGCCGAGCUCGAGGCCCUGGCCACCGCGUGGGGCCGCUCGCACGACGGCCACCGCUGCCUGUACUGCGGCAAGCUGUACUCGCGGCGCUACGGCCUGAAGAUCCACAUCCGCACGCACACGGGCUACCGGCCGCUGCGCUGCCGCUACUGCUCGCGCGCGUUCGGCGACCCCAGCAACCUCAACAAGCACGUGCGGCUGCACGCGGCGGGCGGGCGGGCGACGGCCGCGCGCUACUCGUGCGACGCGUGCGGCCGCGCGCUGGCCCGCCGCCGCGACCUGGAGCGACACGCGCGCACUCACACUCUCUCACACUCGCUCACACAGGGACAAUGAAACGCGCAGUAGGUGUAAGUUAUUUAUUACGUGGCCUACUGGCCGGCCACCUUGGCGGCGAUACGCUUGUCGCGCUCCUCCGCGAUGGUGAGGCGCACUCCCUUGCCGCGCGGGAGAGAGAUGUAUGCCUUCGUGCCCUUGCCGAUGA